GUAGGCAAGAUGCUGGUCCGAAUAAGGAGCGCGACUGGAAAGGCGUAAGCAAUUUGAGAGGCAGCAUGUUUGCCCAAUCGUACGCGUUGGCUGAGGGCCGCGUCCUCAUUCGACUUCGGAAGGCGGGUUCAAAAUUAAUGGACAUCAGCAGCGUCGAAUAAGAUGCGACCACACCCCUUCCCUUACGUGAACAGCGGUAGGAAUCAACAGCAACACGCAUCUGCCCUAUCGAAUAACAGACCGAGACACCCUUUCCAAAGGAAGUCUAUCUACACCAAUCAUCCCCGAGCAUGCGGGGAUUGCUGGUAUUCUUCUAUCCAGGACUAACCAAGUCCAACCCUGCUUGCCUUGUGAGCCUCACAAAGAGUUGAGAACAGCAUGAUUCUAGAAAGAAGAUGGGCUCUACUAGGUUAACUGCAAAAGAACUAUGUGAGAAUGAUGACCUUGCCACAACGCUAAUUCUUGACUCCUACCUUGGCUUUAAGACUCAUAAAAUGAAUGUAAGCCCACUUCCAGCCAUCAGGAGGAAGCACCAUUUACGGGAGGCAGUAGAAGCUUUCCGGAAGCGCAAGGAUCUAGAAGCAGCAUAUCAAGCCUUGAUGCAGGGUGGCUGGGCCUGCCAGUAUUUUGCAAAUCGGAGCCAUCAGCAGGAAGCUGCCCUCAAGACUCAUAUUUAUCGGUACCUUCGCAUUUUCCUUCCUGAGAGCGGUUUUGCCAUUAGACGCUGUAGUCGAUAUUCCUUAGAAAUAAAUGGAGCCCGGGUAGUGUCUACAAAAUCAUGGAGAAAGAAUGAUAAACUGGAGCUUUUAGAAGGCUACAUUGCAGAACUGACAGAACCCGAUGAGAGCCUCCUCCGAGCAGGUGAAAAUGACUUCAGCAUCAUGUACUCCACCCGGAAACAGUGUGCCCAGCUUUGGCUAGGGCCUGCAGCCUUCAUUAAUCAUGACUGCAGACCAAACUGUAAGUUUGUCCCAAUGGAUGGGAACACUGCUUGUGUCAAGGUGCUGCGGGACAUUGAGCCAGAUGAUGAGAUCACAUGCUUCUAUGGUGACGGCUUCUUUGGGGAGAACAAUGAAUUAUGCGAAUGCCACACUUGUGAAAGGAAGGGGGAAGGAGCUUUUCGCCUCCUGAAUCGGACCCCAUUGCUAGCUACCUCACUCAGUGAGAAAUACCUACUGAGAGAGACAGAUGGCCGUCUGCAGAGAUGGAAAAAUCAGUCUUGCAAACUUGCUCAACGUAAUGUGAAAGUGGGACAUAAAGCCCGGCGCAGGAAAUCACAAUUACAUGGUGCUGUACACAGAUAUACCAUCCGUUGGUAUUUUAAGAUGCUCAAGCCUUUAUGUAUCCCAGUGCACAACUGCUUGGCCUGCAGAACACAUGGAUGCAAGCUCCGUAAGCAGCCUCUGGUGUGUCUGCUUCGUUGUCCUUCUCCUGUGUUAUCUGUAUUGCGCCUCAGGCAGUCUUUGGGAAACAAGAAUUGCUACUCCAAGGCCCAGCCAAGCUGCUCUCUUAUAAAGAUGCACAAUUGCCCUGAAAGCCCUGGCUUGGCCAACCAGGGCAGCCUGGUAGUGAAUCUUGGGAAGAGAAUUUCCUUGGACUGGGCAAGGUUUCAUAGGGAAGUAGCAUGUGACAUUAAGGAGGAAAACACCAAUCAGGAGAUUAGCCAGGGGACCGAGGAAUACGAUUCAAGGGAUAUGGAGAGUCAUGCUGAUGUUAAAGAAACCUAUGAAUCAGGAUCUGGGGUUCUCCAUUCAGGAGAGCAACCCCCCCUUGAUUCUUCAGGUUCUCUUUCAUCCAGUCAGUUCUUGUGCAGAACAAGGAGCACGGCCCAGGUUUUGCCCCAAUCUCAGUUGUCAUUACCAAUGGUAGACCCCAAGCUUUCCCAGUAUGCUCAUGUCCGCCUGGAAGGCCCACCUUUUCGAGGCAAGCAGUGCUGGCAGCAGCCCCCUUCAGACAAGACGGAGAAGGAACAAGCGGAGGAGCAGCAUCUUCCUAAGCGGAUGGUUUCCUUUCCUCCUUUUGUUCCACCCAAACGGCUUCGACUGGUAGUGAGCCAUGGUUCCAUCAACCUCGAGGUAGCUGCAAGCUCCUGUGAGGAGAUGUCCUCUGAUCUGGCUGAUCUUCUCUGAUUGAAAACAAGACUUUAGCUUCUUAUUGAAUUUACCCAUGAUAACCAUCUACCAGAAUUUGCCUGAAAUUAUCCAUCUUUUUGUUGUGCCCUUCUCCCCAUCACCUUGUAUGGGUUGAUAACAUCUCUUCUGAAAUAAUGUCCCCAGGUGGGCACAAAGCUGCCUGUGCUAAAAAUGCAGCCUUGUGUUCGACUCCUACUUUUUUCCAUUGAAAUUGCUAUUUCAGUUAUCGUUCCAGAGUACUUCCUUUAUCACUUCCUCACUGUUCUUUUAAAAAAAAUUGUUCUCCACUACUUUGCCAAACUUCACUGUAUAGUCUUGAAACCUAAGCCAUAUAGUAGACUGCAUGGAUGCUUUGGAUUGCCUCCUGGUCUUUUCUUUGAACUCUACUUUCUCUCCCACAGAGUCCUUUCAUCUCUCUACUCUCAAUAUCUCCAUGCUCUGGUUUAUAGCACUGUAGUCAUAGACUUCUUGACAGAUGGACAUGGUAUUUUGGCAUUUAUUGUCCCUCCAAAGUGAGGCAGAAUUGGUGAAGUGACUUGUGGAGAAAAGAAAACCAGCAUCUAAUCAGGGAAGUCUCUUUAAAACUUAUUGUGAGAAAACCAGCAACCAGAAGUGCACAUUGGCAUGCAGCCUAAACUGUUCAGUCCAUUUAGCCUGAAGGCUGCUCUUUGCUAAACAGGCUUAUAUAGGGAAUUAAAUGUUCUUGCUCCUCUUCUUUUGCCGUCUCACUGUUUGGGUGCCUAUUGUUACAAAACAGCUAAUUUUCUAGUUUUGGAAGCUACUUUUAUAUUAGUUAAUCUGCGUGACUUGUUUCUUCUCCCAGUCAGAGUUUUAAACUGGUGUCUGCUGGGGCUUUUUAGAAUCUUAAUGAACUUUAGAUAUUCAGGUGUUUUAUAUUUGAUAAAGUUGAGCUGCUUGGCUCAGGGGCAUUGUGAUAAAGGGGCUUCCUUCUGUGAGAGGCUGAUGAGCAGAAUAAAAGUUCUACUCAGUUUAAUGUGGCCUAACUCACUUCAAAGUCAAAUAUGGUAAGUGGAUUUGCUGUAUAUUUUUCCCAUUUAUCUUGCCAUGACAGGAUUUUGAACAGAUAGGGCACAUUCUGGUAGAAAUCUGAGUGCAAGGUAUAUGGGGAGAGGUGGUGGCAAUUGAAUGGGUGAAACAUUGAGGUCAAGCUUUUCCUUUAAAUGAUUGCUUUGUUUUGAAAUUUUGUGGAAUCCUUUGUGGUGUUGACUUUGGAUAUAUAUCCAAGAGUCUUAGGACAGCCUGAUGUUCCUUAUCCAACUCCUCCUUUUUUGUUUGUCUGGUAUUGUAGUUUGGUGCGGUUAGCGUUAGAGAAGCUUGUCUAGAUGACUUGAAGGUCAUGUUAAGAUGGGGGUUAAGCUGUGCACAUUUGAGAAUAAAUUCCAAUAAACUUAGACUUUUUGUUAAAUACCUAGGGGUAGAUUCCAGCGUAGGUUCUUUGAUCUCUGAAGUUAGAAAAUCUAAAUUAUAGAGCUUUUAGAGUAGCAACUAGUUUGUCUGGCAUGCAUUUUUGGUCUGAGAUACAUAAUGUAUUGCAAUUCUGGGUUUUUCAGUGCUCUGGAAAACAGGUGCUGAUUCCUGGGAAACCACAGUAAUUUUAAAAGUAGUUUUUAGGUACUAGCUUUGAAAAGCUAGAAUGAGCUGAUGCUGUUCAACCUGUCCUGAGAAAGAAAUCUUAAGAAGAAGAACCACAGACAAUGCAUAUUCGUGUAAAAAUAUCAGAGACACAAUGCAGGCAACAGAGAGAGUGGAAACAAGUUUUCCACAAAUUGAUUGGGAAGGCAUAACGAUAGCAUUUUUUGGUAACAAUGCGAAUAUUUUCCUAUAGGUGAUUCAUAUGGUUGUCCAGAAUGAUCACUGUCUGUAGACAUUCUUCCUUUUACUCUCCCAGACCUGUAUGAAAAAAAAAAAGAGUUUAAAAAAUGUUAGUGAACUUGAUAAAUGUGGUCCUUAACUUAUGACCAUAAUUGGGACUGGAAUUUUGAUUACUAAGCAAUGCAAUCAUAAAGUGAGACAUAAUGUGACCACAUUACUCAGUGACCACAAUCCUGGCAGUUCCUGUCACUGCGGUGAAGCAAAUUUUACUGGCCAUUAGCCAAGGACCCAUUCCAAGCAUUCCGAGAUUGGUCCCUUCCAGACCUGAGCCUGCCUAUCUGCCCCACCUGCCCAAUCUCUGUACUUUUGGCUGUUGUGCACUCUGCCUUGGAAAGCUGCAGCUGUUCCAAUUCUAGUUGCCCUCGUCAUCUGGCACUCUGAGACCUCCCGCACUGCCCAGCUGCCAUCUUCUUGCUUCCUUUGCUGACAAGGUUUACCCACCAUGGCUGUUGGGCAGAACUGGGACUCUCUUCAAGGUGGGGGGGGGGAAUCAUAUAUAUUAAAUCAUAUAUAUUAAUGAGUGAUUGGAAUGGUGUGUUGGAUACUCGAAAAGGUGGGGGGGAAAGCACAAAGUCCAUUCUAGAACUGAAAUGUUCCUUUGCGCUGUGCUCCUGGGGACAAAUAAGGCUGGCUUUGUGCUAUUAAAAAAGGGGGAAACCCCAAAGCUGCUGAAAGAAGCUGCUUUGUGGGGUUUUUUUCCUUUUACAUAGCGUAAAGCCAUCCCAUACAUUCCAGAGCAUGUUGCAAAGGGGUGUUUUGUUGCACUGUGGCCCCUUUAAGCUGCUUUGUCCUUUUUUUGCAGUGCAAAGCUGGCCUCAGCCCAAUGCAGUACAACCACCAGGCCUCACAUACCUUGUCAGCAGUAGAGCAAAAAAAAAGUGAAGGUCAGCUGGGGCAGCAGGGCAGCAGAUGGCCAAAUGGGAAUAGAUUGGGAGGGGAUAGGCAAUGGAAGGAGUUGAAGUGCCCCUGCGCUGGUAAGUGUGGGCAGGCUACUAAACACCUGAAGUUUGAUUAUGUGACAGGACACUGCCAUGGCUAUAAGUUGGGCAUGGGUCAUAAGUCCCUAUGUUCAGCUACAUUGUAACUGAAUGCUUGCUGAACAAAUGGUUGUAAGUCAAGGACUACUUGUAUCACAUUGCUCACUAAAAUAAUUGAGACAUAGCUGAAAUUGUACAUCUUUUUCCUGUUCUGUAAGUUUGCUUUAUAUUUGUGAAAAUUUGAACAUAAGGCACAGUUUUCUUUCCCCAAAAUUCUGUACAUUAGUAAUCAUUUUAUAUUUCAUAAUAAUUAUUCCAUUGAUUAUUCUUAUUAAUUGCACAUUGUUGUUGAUUGCAUCACAGAAUGUGUGAUUCACUAUGUAUGAUGCUAUUUUAAUGCCUAUACGCGAGUGUCUAUGAGAAUAGUUUUGACCUAAAGUUGAGAUGAUGUCUCAUUAGUUUUUGACUUUUCUUCUACAAGAUGUGCAUUUUCAUCUGUGUAUCAAUGUUCGUGCACAGCGUAGAUAUAUGUACUAAAAAGAAAUAGAAGUUUUAGUGGUUGUUCUGACUUUGUGGCCCCUCUUAAUAUGGGCGCCCAGACUUGCUUUCUUGCUUGCUACUUUCCACUUAUGGAUGUUCCAUGUUAGUUAAUAGUUGGAGACUAGUGGCACAGCCUUUAGAUAGUGACUGUAAUGGGGGGAGGGGAGAGAGGAACAAAGAGGGCAAAAGAUGGUCAAGGGUUUUGUGUGGGGAAAGGUCAGGGGUGGGAAGGGUGGAUAUUGCUAGUCAGGAUACUGUACAUUCUCUGGAAAGACAGACUGGGGCUCAGUUUUCACCUUUCUAUGUGCCUCUCUUUCCCCCAUCUUUCCUGGUGGGUUUAUGGUUUGUGCUACCUCAUUUGGGAAAGGAAGCAUCAAGGCACUCUUCCAUCUCUGACUUCAGUCUUCUUUCAGUCCAGUGUCCGUUAAGUCCUGUCAUUUCUUUUCCCACUUUCAUGCUUUCAGAUUUUUGAAAAAACAUACAUGUUCUCAUGAGGUGGAGUGGUAGCAGAUCCAGGUUUUGUUGGGUUUUUUUGUUCUAGCAUCCUAUAUGGGUAAGUUUUUAAAUCAGCCUCUCCAGGUUCAACCUCUGCUUGUUUCCCUGAUAAUACCAUGGUUUAUUACGUUGCUUCUUCCAUCUUUUAUAAGAUUUUUCAAAGAUGCUUUUGGCCUGGAGCCACUCUAUCCCCAUUUUAAGAGAAAGAUUGAAUUCCACUUCUCCAUAAAAGUUAUUCUCAGGAGGGUAUGCUAAGAUACCUUGAUUUUCACACAGCUGGGAAAAAUAAGCAACCUGGACACUGGGGAAGGUUUCUGAUUGGUUGGGUUCCUCAGGGAGUGGUUUGGUAGAACCCUGUAUAUCAUUUUCUGCCCCAGGUUUUAACCACAAUACAUCAGUCUGACUACCUGCCUUUAGUGGUGGGGUUAUUGCAGACUUGCUUCGUUAGGAAAUAAAUUGCUCAGCCCAUUAUAUGCACUAACUAGGAAUGUGGGGAAUUUGCUCCAUUGUACUACCCCAUCUCUCAACAUGCAAUACUUUAUUUAAAUAGAGGAUUCUUCCAGAACUUCAGAAGACAGAGUCCAAAAGGGGCAACAUGGAACAUAUUUUCGGGGCAUAUGUACUCUGCCCCCCCCCAAAAAAGUAACAUAAACUGAGCUCUGAAUUUGCAUGAAUUAUAAUAAUGAAUUCUUAGGCCUUUUUUUGUAACAUGGGCAACAUGUUACAGGAAAUUUGGCCCAUGGGAAAAAUUGAUUAGUACGUCCCAUCUAGCCUACCUGGUCUAUACCUUCACAAAUCUGUCAUCCCAGUGUCAAGAGGCCAGGACUGGUUAGAUGGAAGAAUUUCAACAGGACCUGGACUCAAGGUCAAAUCUUGCAUUGGUACAGUAUGAUUGAGUGCAUACAGCCCUGGGUGUGUAUUAGUUUGGUCUGAGCAGGCCUGAGAGAGGGUGGGAAGGGUAAGAGGGUUGUCUGUAUUUUUAAUGGUGCUAUAUUUGGAAGGGUUGAUGGAGGUUACUCUCAGCUCCAAGUGUGGAAAAUUGAGGCCUCAGGGUAUUUCCUGCCCCAUGAUCAGGCCGGUAUCCUGAAGUGGGGUAAAGGCAGAAACUUCUGUUUGUAUUUUUAAUGGUGUGUGUUAGGGGGGAGGGGGUGCAUAAUACUUUUUAAAAUACUUGAUUGAAAUAAACUCUUCUAAAACUGUUCCUGUUUCUUGAUGUUGUGAUGUAUUUACGAAUGCAUGACAGAGCUUAAUGCAAAUCUGCCUCUUGUAAGAUUUAUUUGCAGAAUUACUUCAGAUAUAACAAAUGCUAGUUUAAAAAUGAACGUUUAAAAACUAUUUCAUUAUACAGAGGGAUAAAAGAAUCCUAAGGACAUUAGACUCAAUGUGUAUUCUUCUCUCUAAGGUAAGUUGGACAUUUUAGACAGGCUGAAUAUCUUGUAAACAGAAUUAAAAGAAGUAUACCUGUGGUAUAAUGAUUGGAAAUGAAGUUUCAUUGUUAAACAAUUACAUAAUAUUCAGCUGAGGACAAUAAAUAGAUUGUCCUUCCUUCCCAUGCUUUGGCAAAAGUUUGUUUUGAACCAGAAAUUUUAAGCCCAAGCAAAUAAGUUUGAUAACAAGAUAAAAAUGCUUGACAGCUUUGAGGAUAAAUUUUAUGUUAUGAGUGUUGAACAAUGUUUAGUAAGAUACUUUAUUGUUUCUUGUCUGCAGGGCAGCUUAAUGUAGACAUAUUUCAGUUCAGUUCUUUUAUUUUGUCAUGAAUCCAAAAUAAAAGUAUAAAAAUAACAAAAAUAUAAAUUUAUAUACCCUUGUUUACAUACAUGAAUUAAAAAGAAAAUAUUUUAAAUAAAAAUAGGGCCCCAAAUACAAGAGAUUGCAUAAUAUGAAUAUUUAUGAGUCUUUACAAUUA